GUGUAUAAAAACCUCUACCGAACAGACGCGCAGCUUCAUAACAACUGUAGUGGGUGUUCGACAAUAGCAGAUUUUGCCUUUCAGUCAAAAUCCAAACAGUUCUGCAGUUUAGCAGGUCAGCAGUUUAACCAUUUCAAAUACUGAAUAAACGCUUACAGAAAUAUGCCGGCCAGAAACAAGGAGCAAGAACAAGAAGUGUUGGAAUGGAUAAGUCAAGUGACUGGAGAAAAGGUUCCAAAAGGUGAUUACGAAGAUGUGUUAAAGGACGGUGUAUUAUUAUGUAAUCUAAUUAACAAAAUUAGUCCUGGAUCAGUAAAGAAAAUCCAAACCAAAGGAACUAACUUCCAGCUAAUGGAAAAUAUACAAAGGUUCCAGGCAGCUAUUAAGAAAUAUGGAGUACCCGAAGAAGAAAUUUUUCAAACUGCCGAUCUGUUUGAACGAAGAAAUAUACCUCAAGUGACUCUUUGUCUAUAUUCCUUAGGAAGAAUUACUCAAAAACAUCCAGAAUACACUGGACCAAGACUUGGACCGAAAAUGGCUGAUGCUAACAAGAGAGAAUUCACUGAAGACCAGCUAAGAGCAUCGGAAGGACAUUUAAAUUUGCAAAUGGGAUUCAACAAAGGAGCAUCUCAAGCUGGAUGCGGAUCAUUUGGCAACACAAGGCACAUGUAACCUAAAUAAAAUUCAAAUUAUUAUUUAUAUUAUCUAAACUCACACAUAUGAGUUUCCUAUUGUCAUUAUUCUAUUUAAACAUUUAUAAUUUAUUUACUAACAAUUGACUUCGAUAAAUUAUAUUAUUAUUUUCAAUGAA